GUGUGUGUGUGUGUGUGUGUGUGUGUGUGUGUGUGUGUGAGAGAGAGAGAGAGAGAGAGAGAGAGAGAGAAAGAGAGAGACAGAGAGAGAAUGGGCGGAUGGACAGUCGGUAUUGGGAUGGUGGUGGUAUCUACUAUUUGCGUUCUUGCCAUUCCCUGUUCUCAAUGAUGAAGCCAACUCGUGGAGCUAGGAAGUCUGAGGUCUUGAUCUUUGAAACGGCAGCGGUGGGCACGCGCAGGAAUUCAGCGAUGGGCAUGGAGCGUUCGGCCCAUGGUCUGCAAGUGCAGUGUGCUUUACAUAGGGUCGAUGGGUGGGAUGGGGGACAUACGUCGGCUACUCGCUGAGGUGGUGAUCAUAAUGAUGCGACGGAACGGCACAUGGUCAAUAAGAGAGUGGGGUCUCGGUGAUUUGUGGACACAGCGGAUUUGUUCUUUUCUGCUCCCCUGUUUCGCUGGCGGUUGUCGUUGCAGACGAGGCGGAGAUAUCUGCAACCUGUAGAAUCGGUUCUUUCGAUAUUUCUAUCACCUUGAGUCCGCCCACGUGGCAACCAUUCAUAAUGCAAUACGUGACUUGUAUUACAGCUCAGCUAGGCUUCGCUGACAAGGCAAUCAUUUACUUUCUUUUUCUUUUCUCAUCGCGUUGUCGGAGGCAGCGACGUCGUCGACGUUCCCCACAUCCGUGUGGAUUUCUCUCUCUCUUCUUCGGCAUCUUGACGGCUGUCAGUGUGUGUUUGGUUACAGUCUUUCUCAGGGAAAAUAUCUCUGAGUCUCUCCGCCUUUUUGUCUGCCUGUUUCUGAUGUGUUUUUUUUUUCUUUUCUUUCUCCCCUCCCCUCAAUAUUUGGGGUUGGGGACUGGAGCAGUGGAAUGGACCCGAGUCCCUUUCAGCUGCUGCUUUGCGUCUUUUUGUUCGCUUACCGUGUAUUUCUGUGCUUCUUGUAUAUUGGUACUACUUCGCGCUGUUGUUGCUGUGUACUUACAUAGAGGCAUAGGCACAUAUGUAGAAGAGACUGCGAAGCGGCAAGGCACGAGGCGGGAGAACGAAUGGAGGACGGAAAAGGGAAAGUGGGAGGAGGAGGGAGAGUGGAUGGAGGAUGGUGGGAGGGCGGAAUGCAGGUCGAGGCGGCCUGCAUGUAGAAGAGACUGCGAUAUAGCGGGAGGGCGGACUGCACGUGUAGGCGGCCUGCAUGUCGAAGAGACUGCGAAGCGGCAAGGCACGAGGCGGGAUAACGAAUGGAGGACGGGAGAGUGCAGGUGGGAGGAGGGAGAGUGCAGGUGGGAGGAGGGAGAGUGAAGGUGGGAGGACGGGAGAGUGAAGGUGGGAGGAGGGAGAGUGAAGGUGGGAGGAGGGAGAGUGAAGGGUUGGGGUGGCAAGCUGUGCAGCGCUCCGUCAGCACCAUCAGCAUUGUGCUCGUUUGGGUAUGCAAGCUGCACGACCGAAAGCACACUUUGUGGCGUGACCAUCUGCUGCUGCCGGGUAUUCUCUUGAUUGUGGGAGAUUCCCAUUCGCCCCUUCGAUGCCUUGUACCACUCACAAGUGAAACAUGGGCAAUCAAUCUUGAAUGGGUCCUGGCCUGGUGCGGCGACAAGCGGAGCUGCUGCACAGUGCCCAGGCAUAGAGAACAUGGGCAACUGGGGAAUCCUUUCUGGUGGUACCGAGGCACGGAGAACAUGGGCAAGUGGGACUCUUCUGGUGGUACCGAGGCAAGGAGAACACGGCAAAUGGGACGCUUGUGGUGGUACCUAGGGACUAAUGGGCGAAUGGAAUUUUCGUGGUUCUACCUACGAACUAAACGGCUGGAUUUGAUGGUCGGAUUUGGGAAUAAACGGCUGGAUGUGGUGAUUGGUUUCAGAACGACGAGCUGGAUGUGAUUAUCGAUGUGAGAAUAAAUGGCUAGUUUUGAC